GCCACAGAAGCACCAACGUCCGGGAGCACCGCUGUCCUCCUGCCGUCCCUUUCAGUAACUAACUAACUGACUGUAGCUCAACAGCGCCUGAGAAAAACAGCAGCCAUGAAGCAGCAGAGAAGUUUUUUCCUUUGGCUGCAACUUUUCACAGCGUGUCUGGUGUUUGGGGUGAACGGUGAUUACUGUGAGGUGAAUGUAUGCAGUAAUGGUGGAACCUGCGUGACUGGGGCAGGAGCUCCUUUCAUCUGUAUCUGCCCUGAUGGCUUCUCUGGAGAAACCUGCAAUGAGACUGAGACUGGGCCCUGCAACCCCAACCCAUGCAAGAAUGACGGCAUAUGCGAGGUGACGGGCCACUCCCGUCGAGGUGACGUCUUCAGCGAGUAUGUCUGCAAGUGCCAGCCAGGUUUUGACGGAGUCCACUGCCAAAACAGUGUCCAAGGGGCAGAUUUAAGUUCGAGAAAAGAUGUGAAUGACUGUGCCGGCCAGCCAUGCAAGAAUGGCGGCACCUGCAGGGACUUGGAGGGAGAUUUCAAAUGCAACUGCCCAUCCCCUUAUGUGGGCAAACAUUGCCACCUGCGCUGUAUUUCUCUGCUCGGCAUGGAGGGAGGGGGCAUCGCUGAGUCCCAGAUCUCAGCCUCAUCAGUCCGUUACAGCCUGCUGGGCCUGCAGCGCUGGGGACCUGAGCUCGCCCGCCUCAAUAACAAGGGACUGGUUAAUGCCUGGAGCGCCGCUGCACAUGACAGGAACCCAUGGAUAGAGAUUAACAUGCAAAGAAAGAUGCGCUUCACAGGUAUCGUGACGCAGGGUGCCAGUCGCAUCGGAACGGCCGAGUUCAUCAAGGCCUUCAAGGUGGCCUCCAGCCUGGAUGGCAGGACAUACACCAUGUACAGAACAGACGGGCAGAGGAAGGACAAUGUGUUUGUUGGAAACGUGGACAAUGACGGCACCAAGACCAACCUGUUUGACCCUCCAAUCAUUGCCCAGUACAUCCGCAUCAUCCCUGUGGUGUGUCGCAAGGCGUGCACCAUGCGCAUGGAGCUGGUCGGCUGUGAGCUCAACGUAUAUUCAAACACUUCAGGUUGUUCAGAGCCGAUGGGCAUGAAGUCCCGGUUGGUGUCCGACCAGCAGAUCACAUCCUCCAGCACCUUCCGCACCUGGGGCAUCGAGGCCUUCACCUGGCACCCUCACUACGCCCGGCUGGACAAGCAGGGCAAGACCAACGCCUGGACCGCCGCUACCAACAACCAGUCUGAGUGGCUGCAGGUGGACCUGGGGUCUACCAAGAAGAUCACAGGAGUCAUCACACAGGGCGCCAAAGACUUUGGCUCCGUCCAAUUUGUCACAGCCUUCAAAGUGGCUCACAGUGAUGACGGACAGUUCUGGACCAUCGUGAAGGACGAGAACACAAAGAUGGAUAAGAUCUUCCCGGGGAACAGCGACAACAACGUUCACAAAAAGAACAUCUUUGAGCCUCCAUUCUACAGCCGGUAUGUCCGCAUCCUGCCGUGGGAGUGGCACGAGCGCAUCACCUUGAGAAUGGAGCUUCUUGGCUGUGAUGAGUAGCGGCUCUCUGGUUCAGCCACCCUCACCCUCCUCCUCCUCCUCCUCCUCUUCUCUCUACCUCCUUCUCCCUUUCCCUCCCUUCUCCCUCCUGAGCCACACCUGCACUGCCUUGCUCUCAGCUCUAGGGGGCAGCAAACACCAGAGUAGCACACCACUGACCCUGGCUGGUUGGAGGUGGGAGAUGUUACCCUUAACCACUGUUACCAGGGCUCUGACUGAGUUUAGCUCACAGCAUCCUCUCUUUGUUCGUUUCCUGAAUAGAUCACUCUUCUUUUCCACCUCAACCAAAUCUGUGAUCAUUUCUAGAAACGAUCGUAUUAUCUUCUUUGUCACUGAGCAGAGCUGGAGUCAGAUUUUUUUUUAUCUCACCUAUUUGCUAAAUAAAAGGUAAUGACUCCUUCUUCCCUGUGUCUGAGGUCAGGGGUAACAGGACUGCUGCUGUAUCAGUUGGUGCUGCCUAGACUCUGAUCCUAGAUCAGUUCUACCUGGAACAUUUGAACCUCCAAGACCCAUGGCUGGUGAUGUACAUAAGCCUCACUUAACAGCUUGCACACAUCCUGUAACCAAACACUUCACUUCAUGACACACAGAAUAUAAGUUAUCUGCAGAGGAUACAUUGGUUACUUUUCUUUACCAAAAAAGUGAAAUCUAGUAAAAUAAAAACAUUCUUGUUGUUCUUUAGUGGGAAAAAUAGCAAGUAAUACUGAAUAGUUGAGCAAAUAUAAGAGACUCAAAAUCUGAAGGUGUCCUGCUGUGUAUAUUUCAGUGUUCCUAAAAUUUCUCUGCAGUGGUUUGGGCAGUAAAAUCCUCAGUCCAUGUUUCCAACAGUGCAUUUGUUUUAACUGCUUUAGUGGGUUAACAUCCAAGAUGUAAACAUAGUAUUCACUCUGCAGCCAACAAGAAAGGAGUGAACAUGCCACUAUUUACACAAAUUCUCAUUUUCACUGAUCAUUUGCACGAAAGCAAACUUUUAUCAGGCUUGUUCUAUUUCUGUUUGAGACUUCAGGCCAAAUCAGAGUAAGUCAUCUACUCCUCUUGGGCCGGUGCACUCUUUUUUCUUUGGGUUUAUUUAGAAAAAUGCAGUAUGUAGUGAACUGGCAUAGAUGCACACAAAGAAUGACAUAUUAUAUAUUUAAUAUCAUGUCAUUGUGAAGUAGAAUUGGUCAGUGAACCAUUACAGUCAGUCAGUCAGUUUAGCAGCCAAACAUAUGUGAUCUCAAAGCUGGAGGAGGCGCCCUCAUUGAAGACAGGAAUAUAAACAAAAGGCUAAAAGAGUUUUAGGUCAUUGUUGACCAAAAGAGAAAAGACUCUUCAUUGUUCUUGAGGAAAUGAAUAAUAGCUGUUGACUGAGAAUAAUGUCACGAGCUGGUAAAAUUCAGUCAGAAAAAGAGAAAUUAGUUAUUGCAGUAUUAACAUGUUAUUGUCUGCUGCAGCAUUAUACAAUUUUAUAUAAUAAAAAAGAGGGGUUUAUGAUCAGUCUGUUGUUAUUUUUGCUUUAAUAAGCUAUGGGAUGAUUAUAGAACUAAGCAUGUGUUGAGAUUUUGCUGACCAGAACCACUUCAGAUCUGGACUUCAGUUUUUUGUUGUUUUUUUUAAUUGAUGACAGAUUCUCAGAAUAACUUGAAUGACAGUAUUCAAUAUCCAAGAUAAUUUAGGAAUUUUGUUUAUUAUUAAAUGGUUGAUAGGGCUGGGUAUCAGUACCAUUACCUUAAAGAUGUCAACCAAAAUAACCCAGUACCAAAUGGUGUUAAAUCAUUUCCAGUCAAAUGAUACCAGCAUUUAACCCUUUUUUAUCAACGGGGCUCUGAUCCGGGACUGUCCCAACUCCCUGCUGGAUGAACAAAGUUUCUGUUACUGCUGUCUGUGGAGCUGCUCUUCCAGCAAAAACAUUCAGUUCAACAUCAGCCUGAUAACCACGAUCUAACACAGCGGCUAACAUCCAACACCGAGCUGCCAAAUGGUGCCCACAAAUUCUCAGUGAAACGGCUCAUUGCUGUUGUUAAGCAGUUGAUAACUGUUUGGUAGUGUUAGCUGUGGUGCUAAAAGUUAGCCCUGUCACUGUGUGUGGAUGGGCAGACUCUCACAGAUGUUUGUUUGAAGGAGUUGGCGGUGGAACGGGCUUCAAUGUGCCGAGAUGCCACCAAAACGUUCAAAAUUAUGGCUAUACUACACGCCACUCCAGUCACAUUACUUUAGGGAACUGGUUUUGGUACUGGUAUUGUCAUUUUGGAAACGAUGGCCAGCCCUGUUGGGUAGCAUUGCUAACAUAGAGACUGACAAUAGUGUAGAAACAGCAAGUUUAAAAUUUAUGAUUGAUGUUAUCUUCUCAGGUCAAAGCAGAUCUGCUCCCAAUGUACAGUUAAUGCUACUGAAACGUUACUAAUUCUCACACACACACACACACACACACACACACACACACACACACACACACACACACACACACACGUGCGCGCGCUCAGCUGUGUUUCAAGUUGUGUUCACACAGUUUUUUUUAUGGCACUUUGAUGUUUGUGUUUUGACAUUUGAAAUAUUCAAAAACCAAAAAGGAAAAAAAAACAGUAUUGUUGAAGCGUUGAAGAACAAAUAAACAAGUAAACAUGUUCAUUAUUAAAUGUAGAAGUAAAAAAGAAAGAAAAGAAAAUAUAGUUUCUUUGUUAGGUUAAACUGAAAGUCUAGGGUAUUCCCUUGCUUUGUUUAGUGUUAAUAUGUGAGAUGCAUAUAUACAGUACGUUUGUACUGCGAACCGUCAGUAUUGGUAGAUAUAAAUGUUUGCUGCAGACCAUCUAUUUAGGGUCCAACAUUAAGCCUCCGGUUGAAAGCUGAGGCCCCGCUGAUAAGACUGUAAGAGAGAAACCAAAUAAAAAUUGAUUUUUACGGUUCCAACGGACAAGUGACACGACCCGCCAUAUCAUCCGCUUCUGCCGCCCCCAUCACAGUAUUCUAAACCUUUCUACCCCAUGAAUUAUGAAUAAUGGGCUCGUGCAAUAUUAUACUGAGUUAGUUUUGAUAACAAUGAAUAUUAAAUCAAGAUCCUUAAAAAAUGCAUGAGGGGAUAGCGGUGCCACUGAGAGGUCGAGGAGGGAUGUUGGUGUCAAACACUGUACAAUAUUUAUUAUUGUUGCAGACGAUUCCAUGAGCAGUCGCCUUUGUUAUCCACGUCUGCAUGCAUUUUAUCGACUAGUACUUUAAAGUUGAACAGAUUUUUGGAUUUAUUGGUGACAUAGCUUCUUUUUUUCUCUGUGUUCAUCCACAUUCAAAGUAUUGUAGAUAUCUUGUUUCCCAGCGGUUUUCUAAGAUUGAUUCAAAAAUUGAUGUGUUUUUAUGGUAUUAUAUGAUUUCUUGCUAUACUGACCGUUGACCUCAUAGAAGUUUUACUGGAUUUGAAGCUUUUUUUUAUUCCAGUAUUGUGUUUCUAAGAGGAUUCCUUUAUGUUUGGCCUUUGUAUCUUAAAAUGAAGAAGAAAUAAAGAAUUUAAAACACAA